GAUGGUGAUGGCUUUAACCGGCAUAGGGAAUUCUUACGUCGUGUUUUCAACGCAGCAAUUGGAAUUGCGAUCAAUUUCAGCCAAACAGCGUCCUCCUAUUCUUCAAACCCAUGGCCGUGGUGUUGCUGCGUUGGACUUGGCAAUGGGAUUAGGGGCCCUCCUCUGCCCAACACUUUCGCUAUUGCCGUAGUCUCUCCGGCCAUCGUUGCAAAACCCAAUUCCGGCGCCUUCAACUUCUCCGAUAUCAUCACCACAGUUCCUGAAGAUCCAGCCUCAACUCUCCGCUUUUCAUGCCGUUCUCAGCUUCUGGUUAUUAGGGUUUUCUCACUUCCUCAUGUCUCUCCUCCAACCUCCACAUUUCAGGUUAUAGCCCUUGCACAUUAUCCUGCUUGCAUGCUCUGGACCACUUAUUGUCAUUGGGCAUGAUUCAGUUGAAUACCUCUUGAAAUUGAACCUUAAAAAUUAUUAUUCAAUGGCUCGGAAGGGUAAUCAACAGAAAGCAGGGUCGGAACGCCAUGCAUCAAACAGUAAAAAGAGAGGUUCAGACUUGCAGUCUAAGGGGCAGGGAAGAGCACAAGAGAUAAAGGUAUUUCCCGGAGAGGAACUACCAAAGGAUAACCGUCAUAGUAAACUCUUUGAGGAAGGCAUGGUCAAUAAUGACUCUGGAGGUGGUACAAAGAACGUAAAAAAAUCUGUGAAGUCCUUGAGAAAAGGAAAAGAAGGAACGGAGGGACUUCAUGUUCCAGAAGAGCCACCAUUUUUCCAUAAGGAAUCUGUGAGCUGCAAUGGAAAUAUCGAAGGUUCUAGUAUGGGAGAACAAUACAAGGGGUCUACUGGUGAUGAGGAGCAGGAUACUCUAGAUGGUAAUUUCAGCUGGUUGAAUGGAGAACACAUUAGAAAUGUGAUGGAUAAUCUUAAGUUUUCUGAUAAUGUUUUGGUGAAAGGCUUUGUGGAAUCUCUGUCAUCAAUUUUUGAAGCAGCCCGUGUGUUGCUGGAGCAACAGAGACCUCUGUUUAAUUCUAUGAAGAAUAAUUUACUAAACACAGGUGACUCUGUUGGAAAGAAGAUUAUGAAGGCAUAUCCCAUUGUUCUGAAAUGGAUGAUGCAUUUGGGGAACAUAAUGCUUCUUGUAUCGAUUGUUUGGUUGGACUGUGCCCUCAGGGGCAUUGAUUCCUUUAUACGCAUGGGGACAACAUCCUUCUUCUCAGUUAUAUGGUUUUCAAUUCUUUCAACAAUUGCAAUGGUUGGAACUCUUAAAUUCCUUAUGGUCUUGGUAGUAGCUGCAUCCAUUGGAAUUUUUAUUGGGUUUGGUUUUGCAAUUUUGGUCAUUGGCAUCUCUGGAGCAGCUUUCCUUUGGUUUUAUGGAAAUUUUUGGACAACAAUGCUGAUCUUAUUUCUUGGAGGGCUGGCAUUUAUAUUGAGCCACGAACGGAUUGCUCUUUCUAUCACCACUUUAUAUUCGGUAUAUUGUGCAUGGGUGUGCACUGGAUGGCUUGGUUUGCUCUUGGGCCUGAAUUUGUCAUUUAUUUCAAGUGACGUUUUGAUUUAUGCCCUAAAGAAUAACAUAAAUGAGCAUAGGAGAUCAAACAGAUAUCCUGAACAUACACCUGGGAUGCAAGAUCAGCCUGGAUUCUUUCAUGACGAUCCUAUGCAAGCAUCAUCUUCUGAAUCUAGUGCAGGUUUAGCUGCUGAUCGCAAUCCAGGCACACCUUCGACCAGUGGAACUGAUUCUGAGAUAUCCUCUGAAGAUGAAGUUAUUCGUUUGCUAAAUUGCAAAGAUCACUAUGUAGCUUUAGGAUUGCCUCGGUAUGGGAAUAUAGACCCUUCCCUGCUCAAGAAAGAAUAUAGGAAAAAGGCAAUGUUGGUCCAUCCUGAUAAAAAUAUGGGCAAUGAAAAGGCUGCAGAAGCAUUUAAGAAACUUCAAAAUGCAUACGAGGUUUUACUUGAUUCGUUAAAGCGAAAAAAUUACGAUGAUGAGCUGAGAAGGGAAGAGCUACUAAACAUUUUCCACAGGUUUCAGAGUGAUUCACAGAAGAAUGGAGGGAGUGGUCCAGCUGCAUUUUCACGUUCAGCAGCAGAUAGAGAGGAUCCAUUUGGUGAAUCAAGACGGAUAGCCUGCAAAAAGUGCAACAAUUUUCAUUUAUGGAUACACACCAGUAAAUUUAAAUCUCAAGCAAGAUGGUGCCAGGAAUGCAAAGAUUUUCAUCAAGCUAAGGAUGGGGACGGGUGGGUGGAGCAAUCUUCCCAGCCUUUCCUUUUUGGAUUAUUGCAGAAGGUUGAUGCUCCUUCUGCAUAUGUAUGUGCAGAGAGCAGAAUAUAUGAUGCUACCGAAUGGUAUAUUUGUCAGGGAAUGAGAUGUCCAGCCAACACCCACAGGCCAAGUUUUCAUGUAAACACCAGUGUAACCUCUAAACAGAACACUAGUAGAGGAUCAAGUUCUAGCCAAAGAGGAGGCCAAAUGCCUGGAUCAAAUACAGAAGAGAAUAUGACAGAAGAAGAGUUCUUCGAGUGGUUCCAGAAUGUGAUGCAGACGGGCAUGUUUGACAAUGGUGGUGGUAGCGGGAAUGCCACGGAGAGCCCAUCGGCAUCAGGUAAGGCAGGAGGAAGUUUUAACAGGAGUAGUAGCAAUAGUGGCAGUGGCAACAAGAAAAAGAAAAAGGGAAAGAAGCAAUGGUGAUAGAGGUUGAGAUACCAUAGUUGUUUGGUUAAAGCUGGUAAUAGUUUUGAAGUGUAUGGUAAUAAAGAAUUGGUAGUAUUGUAUUGUCCAGACAGAGUGGAGGGUGAGGAGGUAAGUAAGGUCAUUAAAUAUACAAAGGUAGCUUAGCUUCCAUAGGAAAUUUCAAAAUUGAUGAUGGCCAUGGCCUACGAGGAAGGAGGGAUGAGAUCAAAGAGUUUGUAUAUAGCGUCGUUUAAAGUGGCCUCAUUGGAAAUGUAUCCGAAGCCUAUAUGGUAAUGUUAUUGCACUAACCUAAAUUUUAUGAGGAAUUAUUUGGAAGAUGGCCUCAAUAUGCCUGCCUUUUCCAUUCCUCCCA